AAGAACAUUGAAUUGAAAAAUUGACCUUUAAUUUGAGUCACAACAACGCAACCAACUAUAGUCAAAUCAAUAUCAAUCCAUAACAAUACCAUGUCAUCUAAGAAUAUUCUUACUCCGUAUAUAAAGUCGUUGCUUUUACAACCGCCUAAUUUAACUCCUAGCGAUUUGGCUACUGUUUUAAGAUGCAUUUUCAGAGGACUUGCAUCCGAUAUACAAAUAUCGUCCUUUUUAACAGCAUUAAGAUUCACUGGUCUUGAUGAACAUCCUGAUUAUAUAGUGGCAGCAGUGAAUACUGUGUUGGAGUUUUCUAGUGUGAUACCUGCUGAAUCCGUCGAUGAAGAAGGAUAUGUUGAUAUUGUUGGUACUGGUGGUGAUGGACAAAAUACAUUUAAUGUUUCAACCUCAGCAGCCAUUGUCGCAGCUGGGAUUGGAUUACCAGUAUGUAAACAUGGAGGUAAGGCAUCAACCUCUACUUCAGGAUCAGGUGAUUUACUUAAAGCUUUAGGAGUUGAUUUAAUGAAUGUUAAUGCUGAAACUACUCCUGAAAUUGUUAAGAGAACCAAUUUUUGCUUUUUAUUUGCACCAGCAUUUCAUCCCGGUAUGGGGAAAGUAGCAAAUGUUAGAUCUCAAUUAGGUAUAAAAUCAAUUUUCAAUAUACUUGGUCCCUUAAUUAAUCCAAUUCCUAUUCGUUCCAGAAUUUUAGGGGUUAAUAGUGAAGCUUUAGGGGAAGCUUAUGCUACUACUGCAGCUUUAUUGGCCAAACAAUCCCAUGUACAUAAAAGAACGAUGGUUGUGUUUGGUACUUGUGUAUUGGAUGAAAUUUCCCCUAUUGGAACUACUAAAUAUUGGAUGGUUGAAGAAGAUGGUUCAAUAAAUAGAGGUAUACUUAGUCCAAAUUAUUUUGGAUUACCAGAACAUAGUUUAGAAGAAGUUAAAUCAGGUACACCAGAAGAAAAUGCUGAAAUCCUUCUUCAUAUACUUCGUCAAGAUGAUGAAGUAUUUAAAAUCCAUGAAGAGCAUAAUCAUCCAUUAGUGGAUUAUAUCUUAAUGAACACAGCUGCCUUAGCUGUAGUUGCAGGAAUUGCUGAUUCCUGGGUCCAUGGAGUUAAACUUGCAAAGGCAUCAAUCAUAACCGGAACUGCUUUAAUUGCUCUUGAAAGCUUUAAAGCAGUAGUUUCAGAUCUUUAGAUGUAUAUAUAUAAAUACCCUGUAUAAUAUAGCUUAAAAUUAAUAGAAAAUAAAAAAAAUAAUCACGUGAUUGGAUUAU